UAAUUGAGGGCGUCCUUUCCCAGGGCCAGGCCAGCCAUAUCCGGCCGCUCGCGUGUACUGUACAAAGUGCAAGUGCAAACCUGUUUGUGUAUUUUGACCUCCAUCUGUACCUUGACAAUCCAUCAAUACAGAAAGAUGUCAUCCAUAGAUAUAAAAAUUCUGACAUCGCCGACACCGAAAGGCCAUUCGAUGAUUGCUCAUGGUAUUACAUCAAAGAACCACAUAGUCGAACUUCUGAUCUUCGAUGAUUUGGAUCGUCUUCAAUCAAAGCUCACACCAGGAAAAUACCUGAAGAUAACUCAGUAUAAUGUUACGGAGGAAACAAACAAAACAAAAAUAAAGCUCCAUCAGAAGUCCAAGAUAUUCACAACUAACUCGUUCCCAACUGACAACAGCAUCGAGGAAAGCUUCUUCAAUGCACCACAAACAAAUAUCGACGAGGCCAAGACCAUGCCAAUAAACAGAAGAAUCAGCCUGGAAGGCCAAGCAAAAACAGUGUCACCAACAAAAUUGGGUGAUAUGUGGAGGCGUAAGGAAGUGCAACUCAUCGAUCCACUCACCACAACAUCCAUUCGUUGCAAAUUGUGGGGACCACAUACAGAUAAAGACAUUACAGAAGGAUCAAUGGUACGGAUCACAAACGUUGAAGUCUCAAUGUACGAAAAUGUGACGAGUGUCAACACAACUCCCGAAUCUUUGAUCCAGGAAAUUGACACUCCAGUAGACACAAAAGUUUAUGAGAUCACAGGAUUUGACGCCGAUGGUGACCCAGCUCAAAUAAUUACUGACAACGACAUCACAAUGAACAUCACUCUUGCAAAACUGGAAGCACUUGCAGAAGACGAUCUUCCCAACUUCCAAGACAGACUUCCUCUCUCCUGCAUCAUAACUCUAGAACUUGCCACUAAAACAGUUGUCUCCAUCAUGCCCAAUACAGAUGCCGAGAUGUAAACAUGCAAAGCCAUACCAGUAAAACAUUCCAUGAGAUUGGACAAUGAUCCAGCCUUUCAAAGAAGCUACUUGCCAUCCAUUCCUCACUAAAUCAUCAAACCAGAGCUGUGUGAGCAUUCCCUUCAUAAAUUAGAAAAGUUUGAUCAUCCAUGACGUUUCAAUAAAACAUGUACAUCAAGGAAAAACUAGAAACAUAGCAUUUAAAAAAAAAAUGCUUAGUCUUCAAGUUGAGGACUUGUACAUAUUUUUUAGAGUAUUAUUUAUACAUCUUUAAACAUAUAUUGAGAUUUUAUACUAACACAAAAAGUUGUGCUCAAUUAUAACCAAUUAGGAGCAUUUUGUUACAGUUCUUAUUGUUUUCCUAUAUUACUUACGAACAUCAUGUUAUAUGCAUAUACUGUAGUCACUUUUGUAUCAUUAAGAUUAUUUACUUCUCAUCUUUAGUAAGCUAGACAUCGCUACUUCACAUGUAUACAGCUUUAGAACUUGCUCAUUUUCUUUCGACCAGAUGUACUUGUACUAAUCAUAAAUGAAGAACAAUCUUCAUAUUAUUUUCAAAUUAAACAAAAUUGCAUACAACAUCGGUAAAAUGUUUGAUAAACCUGACUAGGCAGCCUUAACCAAACAUUCCUACUACUUACCUUGAACAACCAAGAAAUCGUUGCAGAAACACACCAAAUGGUGCCACUUCCCAAAUAUCAUCCUAGCAGUUUCACCAAAGGUUGACUUUUAUGGUAAAUACCCAAAACCACCAAACAAAAAUCAAUGAAAAUGCUGCCUUUGCUAAAGUAAACGUGCAGAUAGGAGUUUAUACGAGUUUAUACAUUUACCACAUUUACACUUGCUGUAAUUUUCAGAAAUAGAUUGAUGUCAGAAGUACACAUUUCAUAGAAGAUAUUUUUUGCUCAUUUAUUUAAAAUGUUGAUUCAACACAAACCAAGAAAACCAAUCAUUGUUAACAUACAAUAAUAUUUUGUGACCCCACUUUCAAUGAAAAACAACAAUUUAUAUGCACCAAAAAAUGUAAAGUCAAAGAACCAGUCUAAUUAUCAUGUUCCCAUUCAAACAUGUCUACAUGUAAUUUCAUUUUAAACAAACAAUGACUGUGUUUCAUCCUACCAUGGAUCCUCUACUCAUGGACAAAUGAUUUCCAAAAAUUCUGGUUAGAGAUAAGAUAAUGACAUGAGCAAAUAUAAAACAUGCAAUGCACUUGCACAAGACUGCAGUCUGCACAACAAUUCUGUAGUAAAAUUUCUAUCAAAACUCCCAUGAUUGGGUUUCAUGUAUGGCACACACAUCAAGUCUCAUGCAAAAGCUCAGAUGACUCAUUCAUUCUUGUGUAGAGGAUCCAUGGUUAUAUAAAUACACCGGCCUUAUCCUCAACCCCUAUCAAACCCAUUUAAUUACAGUCAUGCAUCACUGCACAAUUGUCAAUUAAUGAAAUUGUAUACAACCUUCCUUGUUCAAAAAAGAGAUAGACAUGAUUUCCAAUUGCUAUAAUUUUGCUCUUAAGUAUUAAACUGAUGUCUUCCCAUGAUAACUAAUAGCCAUGAGAAUAAUUCCAAUACCAACUGCAACACUUUUCACAACUAAAAAAAUCGUCUCAAGUUACCACCUCACAUAAAUUCAAUGAAGUUAGCAUAACAACUUUAUCACGCUGUCCACAAAUGCUCUUCACUCAAUUGAUAAUUGUGCAAUGUGCAUGACUGAUAUCAAAUGAAACUUUAAAUAACAUGCAUUACAAAGCAAUAAUUCCAAGGACAAAACAACAAUUUGGAAAUAAUUGAUAUAAAUGGAAUAUACACAUGUACACACAUCAACAAACAAAACAAUCUAAUAUUUACAAAAUACCUUACAAAGAUGUUGAUAAAUAACAGUUUUAAGUACCCAGAAAAAUUAUGGCACCUGGUAUCGAAACAUUUACAAGAAAUAUGAUAUUUCAUAUACAUUUCAAACAGUAGUCAGCUUACCUUGGUUGGAAAAAACCUAACUACAUGUAUUAUUAAACUUCAGCCCCAAAUUUACAAUAUUUUCAGUCCAAAUUUCGUUCGCUAUUGGUUACACAUUAUGAACAGGUGCAAAGCAGCUACACUGGUUCCCUUACCUUACUAUUACCCCAACCUAUAAAUUGCUCCAUUUCAUCUUUAGUGGAGUCAGACAAUUUGACUGCUUGACUAUUACUAUUUUUCCUUGUCACUUUUCAACACAAAUCUUCUUAUAUAUCAGUGAAACAACAUUAGAUCUAUAACGCUCACCCAACCCUCAAAUAGUUCAUUUCUGAAAAUUACAGCAAAAUCCAAUGAUGUACAUUCCCUUUAAUAAUGAAACACCCCGGCACAGAAUUCCUCACGAAAUCAUUACAGCACAGCUUGAUGAUCAGCAUUUCUUCAGAAAUUAAAAGUGUUUAAUCAUCUAUGAUUUAUAUGUAUGAAAAUAAUACAUCAAAGAAAACUAGAAACAUAACAUUAAAAAAAAACUUGCUUAGUCUCCAAGUUGACGACUUGUACAUAUUAAUGCAGUAUUUUUAAAACAUCUUUAGACAUGUAUUUAGAUUUUAUACUAACACAUUACAACCCAUUUCGGGCGAUUACUUACUGUUCAUAUUGUUUUCAAUAUUACUAAUGUACAACAUCUUAUAUAUACACAUACUCACUUUUGUAUCAUUAAGAUUAUUUACUUCUCAUCUUCAGUAAGCUAGACAUCGCUACCAUACAUGUAUACAGCUUUAGAACUUGCUUAUUUGGUUUAGACCAGUGGUACUUGUACUAGUCAUAAAUGGAGAACAAUCUUCAUAUUAUUUUUUAAAUUUACAUAACUACAUACAACAUAUUGGUCAUAUUUUCGAUAUAUCCUGACUAAACAGACUUGACCAAACAUUCCUAGUUCUUACCUUAAACAACCAAAAGGUCGUUACUGUAUACAACUUCAUAAGUAAAACAAGAAACACACUUAACGAUACCUCUUGCAACUAUUAUCCCAGCAGUUUCUCCAAUAGUUCGGAUUUUUUUGUUUAAUACCCAAAAGCACCAAAGACAAAUCAGUGAAAUGACCAUUUACACAGCACUAUAGUUAACUCAUGUACAUGUAAUAUCACAUCAGCUAUAUAACCCCAAAUGACCUGGGAUCAUUGAAAUGCUCAACUGGCUUAUUUUGAAAAAAAAAUGUAUAUAGUAUAUGAAAAAGUGUAUCCUUUUAGACGCUACCAUAUAUAAUACAACCUAUGAUAUCUUUAACAUUUCAUUUUACCUUUUCUGGCACAUUAGCCUACAUGCCUAAUAAAAGAAAAAACAAUCCUGUUGACGGGAUUGUGACUUUCA